AUGAAAGAGAGGUGCCCAAUUGAAUUGGCUAUAGGAAGUUACGGUCAAGUAAUACAGAGGGUUCUAGAUUUUGCUUUUGCCGUACAGUUUUUGCUUCCAACAAUCUCAUCAACCAUUAGUGUGCAUCACCUAACUAGAAAACGCCAUUUACGAGAGAUACAAUUUCCACAUGCACCUGUUGCAUAA